UUAGAAUAAAAGUUGACCAAAGUCAAUGGCAAAAAUUUCCUCUCUGCUAGGGUUUGGCAUCCUGGGCUUUUGGGCGGCAUUAGUGAUCAAAUGGCGAGAUCCAUGGCCGGGUUUCAGUCUAUUUCUUUAUGGGCAAUUUCGAUUUUCGACAAUAAACAAAGAUCUUGGAGGAUUUUACCUGUUCCGUCGGGAAGCAAAAGAGCGCAUCGUAAGGGAACAUAGGAAAUUUGGGGAUUUUUCGACCAACACCACCAUUGAUAGCGACUUGCACAUCGGCAGCUUCCGCAUCCGAUUCUAUCGGUGUCGUACUGAUACUACUAGACGGUAUUUUUCUGUGGCAAUCAUGGUUGGAUUCUCAAUUCCCUUUGAUUGGGUACAUCUUUUGAAAUCCAAUUGUUUCUCCUUCUGCAUCCUCAGGCCAGAAAUAAUCUCAUCUUCAGGAACAUACCUGCUAAUCCGAACAUGGUGGUGCAUGCUGCAGCUGCAGCUGAGAAUUCUUAUAGAGCUCACAAUCCUACUCACAUGAAGUGCCCUGUUGGCAACUAUAGGCUGAUCAGGUGGCUUCCCCCUCUGGAGAACAAAUUCGAACUUAAUUUUGAUGGCUCUGUGAAGCAUGAUGGGAUGGCUGUAGCUGGUUUUGUCAUUAGAAACCAUUCUGGCUCCCCGGUGGUGGCUGGAACUAGGAAGAUCGGCUCUACUGCUGUUCUUGUGGCGGAGUAUACCGUGCUCAAAGAUGGUCUCCUCCAUGCGUUGCAUCUCAACUGCUCUAACAUUCUAGUAGAGGGUGAUUCAAAGCUGGUGAUCGACUGUGUUAACAAGAUUAGUGACCCUCCUUGGAAAAUUCGUUCUCUUGUUCGUGACAUCCACCAAGACAUCUCUAGUAUGUUUGAGGAAAUCUCUUUCUAUCAUAUUCCUCAUGAAGCAAACCUUGUUGCUGACGCAAUUGCCUCCCUUGGUCAUCAAUCUCCGGAUGUGAUUAUAUGGCGAGACAAACUUCCUCUUUUAGCUUGCUCGGCUUUUAAUUUAACCAAUUUAAUUUUGGUGUAGUUAGAGGCUAUGUG